CACACCUACCUCCAAAGUCUCUCUCUUUCUCUCUCUCUCUCCCUCCCUCCCUCCCUCUCUCUCUCUCUCAUAUCCAAAAAUGGAUAAGAAACCAUGCAUCUCCUAUGAUGUAGAAGUGAGGAAAGGGCCAUGGACUAUGGAAGAGGACUUGAUCUUGAUCAACUACAUAGCCAAUCAUGGUGAAGGUGUUUGGAACACACUAGCCCGAUCUGCUGGUUUGAAGCGUACGGGAAAAAGCUGCAGGCUCCGGUGGCUCAACUACCUCCGGCCGGACGUGAGGAGAGGUAAUAUCACACCGGAAGAACAGCUCUUGAUCAUGGAAUUGCAUGCUAAGUGGGGAAACAGGUGGUCAAAAAUUGCAAAGCAAUUGCCAGGGAGGACGGAUAACGAAAUAAAGAACUACUGGAGGACUACAAUCCGAAAGCAUAUUAAGCCAGCUGAAAAUUUCACUGCGGGACAAACGUCCGCUAUGCUCAUCGAUCAAGCUAGCACAAGCCAAAUCUCUGAUCAUCCUCAUGCAAUCGAGACCUACUCGCCGCCGUUGUUCCCUGCCGGUAAUCUAGACAAUUUUCCGGCUGGUUUUCCUACUGAAUCAAAUGAAGCAAUCUGGAGUAUGGAGGAUCUCUGGUCCAUGCAGCUACUUAAUGGAAAUUAAUUUACUAUAUAUAGUGCUAUACAUAACCCUAAAAUAUACUUAAGCCAAUAUAUGUGCAUAUAUGCAUAUAAGCUUGUUUAAUAUAUUUGGUCCGAUAUAUGCUUUUUCAUAAUCCUACAUUUAAUCCUAUGUUAAUUCCUCUGCUAAGUUCUCCUAUUUUACAGCACACUACUCAGUUUAUAUGGACAAUGUGUGGAGUCUAUCCUCACGUGAAUGUGUCGUGAAAUAUCAAUGAAAUAGCUGUUGUAUGUCCUCUCUUUU